GAGAGAGAGAGAGAGAGAGAGAGAGUCUGAGGAGCGCAUGAACGCAGGCAGAGCGAAGCCGUGAUUGGGAAAUAAAUAAAGACGUCCUCAUAAUUUGCGCUCAUUUUUCCUCAUAAUGUAGAGUGACCAUUCCUGGUUACAAACAAAACUCGACAGUGGGGCAUACAACUUGCCUCUCUAAAAAGUUUCAGUCGCCUCGGUUUGUUCAUUUAUGCUUUCGGGGCUGUAAGCACGAAGUUGUGAGACUUGCGCUGGACUAUUUGCCUUGUGUUACGAAAACAACCUGUCAAAGGGAACAGCUCGGAAUAAAAAGGGCAACACAUUCGAAAACGUCUUUCGCCAGAUCUCUAGGUAUGUCUGUAGAACAUAGUUCAACUCUGGACAGGUAACCAGGUGUGUCACCGUGGCCAUGGCAACACAGAUGCUGCCAUUGUUGCCUGCCUUUUUUUCUGUCUUCCUCAUUUCCUGGACAGUGGGCCAGGACCUGGAUUGGCAUUUUGACACGGCGAAAUGUCGCUACGCUCUGGGCAUGGAGGAUGGCACCAUACCCGACUCUGACAUCACCGCAUCCAGCGCCUGGUCCGACUCCACCGAAGCCAAACACGGCAGGUUGAGUACUGGAGAAGGGGAUGGGGCGUGGUGUCCAGCCGCUCCUGUGUUCCCCAGCGCUUCGGAGUACCUGCAGGUAAAUCUACACACACUGCAUUUCCUGUCCCUGGUAGGGACGCAGGGUCGACACGCAGACGGCCUCGGGCGGGAGUUUGCACGCGGUUACCGGCUUCGUUACUCGCGGGACGGACGAAACUGGAUAACUUGGAGGGAUCGCUGGGGGCAGGAGGUGGUGUCGGGCAAUGAGAAUACGUAUGAUGUGGUGCUGAAAGACUUGGGUCCGCCCAUUAUAGCACGCAUGGUGCGGUUCUACCCGCUUGCGGACCGCGUGAUGAGCGUAUGUUUAAGAGUUGAACUCUACGGUUGUCUCUGGAAAGAUGGACUGAAUGCUUACACCGCUCCUAUGGGUCAUGUGAUGCAACUGUCUGGCUCACCUGUCUACCUGAACGACUCUGUUUAUGAUGGCAGUAAAGAAGAAGGGAUGUUGUUUGGAGGAUUAGGCCAGCUGUGUGAUGGCGUUUUAGGUGGGAAUGAUUUCAUGGAGACUAAAGAGUUGAGAGUGUGGCCAGGAUAUGAUUAUGUGGGCUGGAAUCAAGAAACGCUCGGACAGCCAACUGUUGACAUUGAAUUUCACUUUGAGAAAACAAGGGUCUUUCACACUAUGCAGGUGCACAGCAAUAAUAGACAUACUCAAAAUGUGCGCGUGUUCAGCGGGGUGGUGUGUGAGUUUAAGCCUAGUCUGUUGAGCCCAUGGGCGGAGCCUCCGCUCAGCCUUCAGGUGCCACUGUCUGACCUGCACGACCCCUCGUCCCGCAUCAUCUCACUGCCUCUCGGAGGACGACCGGCUCAAAUUCUCCGCUGUCGCUUUGCUUUUAGUGAUCGUUGGCUUCUCAUUAGUGAAAUCAGCUUCUUCUCUGUGCCCUUUGAGGACGGAUCUCUCCCUCUUCCUCCUCUUCCUUCAUCCAGCACAGCUCCUAUCAAUGUCACCCAUCCGGAUACCCACAGCACGGCAAACAUCACCAGCAGCACUACCGGUGAAGACCUCAUGAACACUUCCCUCGUGCUGCCCAGCAGCAUGUCAACAGCCAUCACUCCGAGGGCGGGGCUACCUGUGGCCAAAGAUGACAGCAGCAACACGGCCAUCCUGAUUGGCUGCCUGGUUGGAAUUAUUUUGCUCCUAUUAGCUGUCAUAGCCGUCAUACUUUGGAGGCAGUACUGGAAGAAGCUACUCGGAAAGGCACAGGGCAGUCUCUCCAGCGAUGAGCUACGCGUUCACCUUUCAGUUCCGUCGGACAACGUGGUGAUCAACAACACCAACACGCAUACCUACUCCAGUCGCUAUCAGCGCAUACACACUUACCCUGAUGACAGAGAGCGAGAAGGCGAAUACCAGGAGCCCAGCACUGUACUGCGAUCCCGGGAGCAAUGUGACAGCACAGCACUGCUGUUAAACAACCCAGCCUAUCAUCUUCUCCUGUCUGACCUGACACAUGGUCCCAACAGGCUGACAAACUGCCACAGCCAGCAGGAAAAGCCCCAAAACCUGUCCCAGGCCUGUGCUAUUGAUAUGGUUGAUAAAGGCCUGCCCAUUCAGGAGGGUCCGCCUCCUUAUCCUGGAGCCCCGCCCCCUUGUCUAUCAGGGCUUCAUUAUGGAGAAGCAUCGGGGAGUGUUCCUCAUUAUGCCGAGGCUGACAUCAUCAGUCUACAAGGAGUUAGUGGUAACAACACAUAUGCAGUCCCAGCUCUCUCAGCCACACCCACUGACUGCCCACCAUUACCUGAGCUGCCACGGGAACGACUUAUAUUCAAGGAAAAAUUGGGAGAGGGCCAGUUUGGCGAGGUUCACUUGUGUGAGAUUGAAAACCCACAGGACCUUACAAAUCUGGAGUUCCCAUUUAAUGUCAGGAAAGGUCGCCCUCUGCUGGUGGCUGUUAAGAUUUUAAGGCCAGAUGCAUCUAAAAAUGCCAGGAACGACUUUCUAAAAGAGGUGAAGAUUUUAUCUCGCCUGAAGGAUCCAAACAUCAUCCGUCUGCUCGGUGUGUGCGUGAGCAGUGAUCCGCUCUGUAUGGUCACAGAGUACAUGGAGAGCGGAGACCUCAAUCAGUAUCUAUCCCACAGAGCAUUGCUGGACAAGACAGGACCUUUACAUAACACACCGACCAUCAGUUACCCAGCUUUGAUCUCCAUGGCAAGUCAGAUCGCAUCAGGGAUGAAGUUCUUGGCAUCUCUGAACUUCGUGCACCGAGACCUUGCCACACGUAACUGCUUGGUAGGCGGAGAGAGGGGCGAGGUGGAGGACGGAAACGGGGAGCGUCAAAUAAAGAUAGCAGACUUCGGCAUGAGCAGGAACCUCUAUGCUGGUGAUUACUACAGGAUACAGGGCAGAGCUGUGCUGCCGAUUCGCUGGAUGGCAUGGGAGUGCAUUCUUAUGGGGAAGUUUACUACAGCGAGUGACGUUUGGGCAUUUGGCGUGACGCUAUGGGAGAUGCUGAGUGUUUGUCAGGAGCAACCGUACAGUCACAUGACUGAUGAGCAGGUCAUUGACAACGCCGGGGAGUUUUUCAGAGACCAGGGGAGACAGGUGUACCUGGCUCGCCCGGCCGUGUGCCCGCAGGGUUUAUACGAGCUGAUGCUUAGCUGCUGGAACAGAGACUGUAAACUACGCCCUUCUUUUGCGUACAUUCACUCCUUUCUCACUGAAGACGCCAUGAACAUGGUAUAAAAAAAGCGAGGGGGGCGGAGACCGGACACAGAGGGUGGAUGAAAGAAUGUGUGUAUGGACCACAGACUGGUGGUGUGUUUUUUACACAAACACGGCUAAGCACUCUUAUGUAAAUUUGUGUAUUUUAUGUUCGUGGGUUGGGCGAACAAAACCGCAGGUUCGGUGCCCAUAAAUGACCCGUUUUUCACCCCUUCAUCCUUAGAUUCUCAACUCUUAAAGCAACAUUUUAUCCCGUUUUAAUCAUCUGUAGUGUUGCUGUUCCCCCACUGUUACUUAUUUCAUUGUCAUUCCACAGUAUUUGGUUUUUACAGAGCUUAGAUUUCCCAGAAUGCACAACAGAAAUAGCCAGGUCACUCUUUUUUAUUUAAGUAUAAAUAAUUGAAAAUG